AUAGUUCAAUGAUUCCCUAAAUGGUGGUUACAAGAUGAGGCAACACCAUUAAUUUGUUGGCUGUAAAUUGGGUGGCGUGUGUAGACAUGACCCAAAAUCUUCUCCUAAAACCCCAUAUACCCUUUUUUUGCCUGCUCAUCCAGCGAACUGUUUCCUCAGCCUCUAUAAGACCUUCCUCUCGCCUCUCUCUCACACACAGAGAUUACCAGACAAGACCAAGAAACAAGAAAAUUUUCGUUGCCAUGGUGUUGGGCACCUCUUCCUCCAUCUCCCUGUUCUGUGAAGAGGACAGUGGCAGCAUCCUUAGGCGCGAUGACUAUGAGGCGCCAGAACCGGGGAGGGAUCUUGAUCUGUCAGGCUUUGCCAGGUUGCAGUUGGAGAGCGACAAGCUUGUAGAGUUGCAUAUGGCCAAGGAGAGGGAACAAUUCACUGAAACCGCAGCCAGGGUAUACCUGGAGAGGCUGAACAAUGGAGGAUUGGAGCUUUCCUGGAGAACCGACGCCAUCGACUGGAUUUGCAAGGUCCAGGGUCACUACAGUUUUGGACCACUCUGUGUAUACCUUGCGGUGAACUAUCUUGAUAGGUUCCUAUCCUCAAAACAACUCCCUAACGACGCACCCUGGAUGCAGCAGCUUCUGGCAGUUGCUUGUGUAUCCCUUGCUGCCAAGAUGGAGGAGAUUGUUGUUCCCCAGUCUGUAGACUUUCAGGUUUGUGGUGCCAAGUAUGUGUUUGGAGCAAAUGCUAUUCAAAGGAUGGAGGUUUUUGUGCUGAGCACUCUGAAAUGGAGGAUGAACUCUGUGACACCCUUCUCGUUCAUUGAUCACUUCCUUGACAAGCUCAACGCGGGGAAGCCACUAACUCAUGAUCUAGUCUCUCGGUGCACCAAGCUCAUACUCGACACCCUGAAAGCAACAAAGUUCCUUCAAUUCAGACCUUCUGAGAUUGCUGCAGCCACAGCUCUUUUAGUGGCUCCUGAAGCCCAACUUCCUGGCUUCGAUAGCACUUUCGUUGGUUUUAAAAUUCCAGUUGAUAAGGGAAUUGUUGCAAGAUGCUGUGAAGCAAUGCAAGAGAUGGCACUAGCGAAGAAGAACGCGCACAAGAGUGCAAGUCCUUCUGGUGUGCUGGAUGCCUCAUUCUCCACAUCUACCAGUGAUGAUAGCAUAACACCUGGAUCAUCACAAACAAUAAACAGCGACAAUGUUAAUGACAACCAGGCCUGUUCCCCCGCUUCCAAGAGGGCAAGGCUAUCCUAAGCAUCAAUGCCAUAAGAUCACAUUCAUAGACAUAAGAUAUAACUGAUGCUAUUUUUUGGUCGGUUUUUUGUGAGAAUGUCACCUCGAGGCCUAAUUGGAAGUUUCAGAACAAAAAGUAAGCAUGGUAACCAGUAGCCAAGAAGAAUUUUUGUGUGCUAGAAACAACAGAAAUAUAUGUAAAGAAUAGAGGAGGAAGCUUAUUUCCUCUGGUUUUUUUCCCUAAUAUUUUUUUAAACAAUAUUUCCUUCUUAUG